CUUUGACCUCCUUUAAUCUCUCUCUCUCUCCGACAUGGGAAAAGACACAAAUCUAACGGAGGCGCUUCUUACGGCGGAAAACCCCGACCCGACGACCCAUCUUCCCUUCUCACCCGCCAAUGAUAUUCCUCUGAUCACAACCAUUGGUGGAUUCGUCAAGGAGUUUAAUGUGGAGGCUAAAAAGCUAUGGUACCUGGCCGGUCCCGCCAUUUUCACGUCCUUGAACCAAUAUUCUCUUGGCGCCGUUACUCAGGUAUUCGCCGGCCACGUCAGCACCAUCGCUCUCGCCGCCGUCUCUGUGGAAAACUCUGUUAUCGCCGGAUUCUCAUUUGGCAUCAUGCUUGGUAUGGGAAGUGCGUUGGAAACGCUAUGUGGGCAAGCGUUUGGAGCAGGGAAAUUGUCUAUGCUUGGCGUCUACCUGCAGCGAUCAUGGGCGAUCCUAAACGUGACGGCUCUUAUCCUCACUCUCCUCUACGUCUUCGCCACCCCAAUCCUCGCCUCCAUUGGCCAAACUCCGGCGAUCUCUAGCGCCGCCGGAGUCUUUUCCAUCUACAUGAUCCCUCAAAUCUUCGCUUACGCGGUUAACUUCCCAACCGCGAAGUUCCUCCAAUCGCAGAGCAAGAUAAUGGUCAUGGCCGCUAUUUCCGCGGCUGCGCUUGUUCUCCACGUGCCCCUCACGUGGUUUGUUAUGGAGAAGCUCAAGUGGGGCAUGGCGGGUCUAGCCGUCGUGCUUAACGGCUCGUGGGUGUUCAUUGACGUGGCACAGCUCGUGUACAUAUUUAGUGGCACGUGCGGUGAAGCUUGGUCUGGUUUCUCGUGGGAAGCUUUUCAUAACUUGUGGGGUUUCGUUAGAUUGUCUCUGGCUUCUGCUGUUAUGCUCUGUUUGGAGGUUUGGUAUUUUAUGGCAAUCAUAUUAUUUGCUGGAUAUUUGAAGAAUGCUGAAGUAUCAGUAGCUGCUCUCUCCAUCUGCAUGAACAUUUUGGGAUGGACCGCCAUGGUUGCUAUUGGGAUGAACACAGCCGUCAGUGUGAGAGUGUCCAACGAAUUAGGAGCAAACCAUCCAAGAACCGCCAAGUUUUCACUAGUAGUAGCAGUGAUAACAUCGACGAUGAUUGGGGUCAUUGUAUCGACCGUGCUACUCAUCUUUAGGAAUCAGUACCCAUCACUAUUUGUGGGCGAUGAAGAAGUCAUCAUUCUUGUUAAAGAACUCACACCAAUACUUGCACUCUCCAUUGUCAUCAACAAUGUGCAACCUGUCUUAUCAGGGGUGGCUGUGGGAGCUGGAUGGCAAGCAGUGGUGGCGUACGUUAACAUCGCAUGCUACUACUUGUUUGGAAUCCCAUUUGGUCUAUUGUUAGGAUACACGCUCGACUUUGGUGUAAAGGGUAUCUGGUGUGGGAUGUUGACGGGAACCGUGGUUCAGACAAUAGUCUUGACGUGGAUGAUCUGCAAAACAAAUUGGGACAAAGAGGCUGCAAUGGCUGAUGAUAGGAUAAGAGAGUGGGGAGGAGAAGUAUCAGAAAUAGAGCAACUCUUAAACUAAAAAGACAUUACGUAAACUAGUAUCCAUAUUAAAUAAAACUCAGUUCAACAGCACUUUGUAUCUUAAUAAUAAGAAGACAAAGUUAGUUUUGCAUUCAAUUUGAUAGGGAUGGACGGUAUGCCACACAUGACGUGUGAAGCCCUAGAAUUAGGUAACGGAAUGCU